UGACAUUACCGAUGACGUCAGUCCCUUGGUUUCUCUGCCCCUUUUCCUGUCUUUCUCCGUAAGGCUCGAGGGAUUUUUGUGUGCCGUUGAUUACCAUAAUGGCGAAUGUAGCAGAUACUAGGUUGUAUGACAUCCUUGGAGUGCCACCCAAUGUCAGUGAGAACGAACUUAAAAAGGCAUACAGAAAGUUAGCCAAAGAGUAUCAUCCAGAUAAAAACCCGAAUGCUGGGGAUAAGCCAGGGUGGAAAACCUGGAGCAGUUCAGAAGUGUUCAACAUGUCGGGGUCGUGGUGUGCGUGUUAUGAUUAGACAGCUUGCUCCUGGAAUGGUACAGCAGAUGCAGUCCAUGUGUACAGAUUGUAAUGGUGAAGGUGAAGUAAUGAAUGAAAAAGAUCGUUGUAAAAAAUGUGAGGGAAAGAAAGUGGUAAAAGAAGUUAAGAUAUUAGAAGUUCACGUAGAUAAAGGUAUGAAGCAUGGACAGAAGAUUACAUUCAGUGGAGAAGCUGACCAGGCACCAGGAGUGGAACCUGGAGACAUAGUUCUUGUAUUACAAGAGAAAGAGCAUGAGAUAUUUCACAGAGAGGGAUGCGACCUGCAUAUGACCCACAAAAUUGGGCUUGUUGAAGCACUUUGUGGAUUUAGGUUCACGUUUGCACACCUCGAUGGACGCCAAAUUGUAGUGUCAUAUCCUCCUGGAAAGGUUAUUGAACCAGGUAGUGUCCGUGUAGUUCGAGGUGAAGGAAUGCCACAGUAUCGUAAUCCAUUUGAAAAGGGUGACCUCUUUAUUAAGUUUGACGUGCAGUUCCCUGACAGCAAUUGGAUAAGCCCAGAGAAACUUACAGAUCUUGAAGAUCUGCUUCCAUCAAGGCCAGAAGUUCCCUGCAUUAUCGGUGAUACAGAGGAAGUGGAGCUUCAGGAGCUUGAAAACACUCGUUCAUCAGGAAGUCAGAGACGAGAAGCUUACAAUGAUAGUUCUGAUGAAGAAGGCAAUCACCAUGGACCUGGUGUACAGUGUGCACACCAGUAAAGAUGCAUCUAACCAAAUUGCACUUUCUGUCCACGCCAUCCCCCUUUGGUUCUGAUGCUGCCUGAGUUUUCUAUUUUUUCAGCAGAGCAACUGGAUUCUAAAUGUCCAAGGAGUAAUACGAGUGGACUGUUAAGGACAUUCUUUUUCUGUAUGUGGAUUUUAAGUAGCAAGAGUAUAAUUUAAACCUAACUGGCAGGUGCACAACUGGUUAUCUGUAGUUUUGCAGAAAUUUAUUUAUAAGGGAAGCAGAGUUCAAGGAGGGGGGAAUUCAGUAUCACAUUUGUCCAUCCUUGUAUCUGUGCUUUUUACCGGUUUUUGCUUUCCAUGUUUUAACUUCAGAUUCUCACAUUGUAAAAUUGGUCAAGAAGCUCUCUACUGGCUAAAAUUGCAUACACUGCUGUAAGUAUAGAAUAAAGAAUUUCAUGGCAUAAAUCGUACAUCACUAUGUAGUAAACCUUUUUGGUUAUGCAUUGAUGGAGUUUGGAUGCGAUUUAAGCAAAGUUGAAAAUACUGAUGCUCUUGCUGUAAAAUUAUUUUUUACAUUUUGUGGAAAUUUCUGAAGUAUUAAACAUAGAAUGGUGUAAACAUG